AGCCACAUGAAAUAUUCUCCCUAAACCUUAUGACCUACUAAAAUUUUUAUCAAGAGAUAGACAGGAGUUUAAUUGGCGACUGCUGUGCGCACACACAAGACUAAGAUGGGUGAUCUUGAAGCUGCGUCUGAGGAAUUCAGAAAUGGUCCUGACCAGAUCCUGCCAGCAGUGUCGAACAAGACGACUGCUGCUGACGGUGCUGUUCAAUUGUUCAUCACUGAUGAGGAAGCCAUAGCUGAGCCACCAUUCUCAGUAUAUACCAUGCUCAAGAGGAAAGCUGAGGAAUAUCCACAACAUCCUGCCCUGGCUGUCAAGAAAGGGGGUGUUUGGAGGUUAGUGGCUUUAAUUCAGUGGGAAGGAAUACCCGGAGCACCCGGGGUAUUAUCCUGGGCAGAGCUCUUGGCUGUGGGCAUGGCUGAACCCGACACUCUCCUGCAAGACAGACUCUCACUCUCAGCCGUCAAUCAAUGCUGCACAUUGAUCUACACUUCAGGCACUACAGGCCCCCCUAAGGGAGUAAUGUGUUCACAAGACCACCUGACCUGGGGAGGUGUUCAGUACCAGGUGAACGAAAGUAACCUUAAAACUGCCCACGAAGUGGUGGUGUCUUACCUGCCCUUAAGCCACCUGGCUGCCCAGAUGUUAGACAUCUACCUGGCUUGUACCCUGGCUGCUACAGUCUUCUUCGCCCAGCCGGAUGCCCUGAAAGGUUCACUGCUGGAGACGCUAGUUGAGGUUCAGCCAUCAUGUGUGUUAGCAGUACCCAGAGUCUGGGAGAAGAUUUACGAGAAGAUGCAGGAGGCAGCCUCUGCUGUGGGAACAGUGAAGAAGUCACUGUCUUCCUGGGCCAGGCAUCACGGACUCAACUAUUACACUGCCUUAUAUGAGGGAAGGUCACUCACCAGGUACGAGAAGACAGCUAAUGCUCUUGCCAAGAAGUUAGUGUUGAAUAAGGUGAAAUAUGCCUUGGGCUUGUCUCGUACCAAGUUCCUGUGUUCAGGUGGCGCUCCCAUCUCCAAGGAAAUUCUUGAGUACUUCACGAGUCUAGAUCUGCCCAUUAUGGAAGGUUAUGGACUCUCUGAAAGUCUAAGCAUAUGCUCCAUGAGUUAUGUUGAACCAGGAAAGUUCAAAUUUGGCAGUGUUGGCAAGAUCCUUGCACAGACCACUGCAAAGUUGCAGACUUACGAAGGUUGCAAGAGAGGCGAGGGAGAGAUCUGCAUGAAGGGCAGAAACAUCUUCCUGGGAUACCUGGGGCUGCCGGACGAGACUAAUGCAACUAUCGACGAUGAGGGUUGGCUACACUCCGGCGACAUUGGUUCCCUCGAUGACGACGGUUUCCUCUACAUCACUGGACGCAUCAAAGAGCUGGUUAUCACAGCUGGUGGAGAGAACAUACCACCUGUGCUCAUCGAGAACGCUGUUAAGAAACAUCUGCCGUUUAUCAACUACGCUGUCCUGAUCGGCGAUAAGAGACGCUACCUGUCAAUGCUUCUGACACUGAAGAGUGAGUGUGAUGAGAACACUGGUGAACCUCUGCCAGUCUUAACCCCAGCCUGCCAGGCCAUCAUGAAGGACAUAGGCCUGCAGAUACGAACAACUCACGAGGCUUUAGCUGAAGUUACAGCCAAUCCCAGAGGAGCUUUAGCUGAACUAAUACAGAGAGGAAUUGAAAGGUACAACGAGGAAGACGCAGUGUCCAACGCUCAGAGGAUACACCAGUGGACACUGCUGCCGCAGGACUUCUCUCUGCCCACCGGCGAACUCAACAACACCCUCAAGCUAAAAAGAAGAUUUCUUAUGGAGAAAUAUAAAGACGUUAUUGACUCCAUGUAUAGUUUGGGAGGAGAACUGUCGAGUAAAUUAUAAAUGUGUCGACAUCCACCUCUGUGUGUGUGUGUAACUACCAUCUGUGUCGACUACCAUCUGUGUGUGUGUCGACUACCAUCUGUGUGUGUGUCGACUGCCACCUUUGUGUAUAUGAACUACCAGUUCUGUGUGUGUGUUGACUAUAAGCUCUGUGUGUGUGUGUUAGCUUCACACGGCGAGGGUCUGGGUUCGAUUCCCAGCCAGAGUAGAAACAUUGGACGUGUUUCUUUCCACCUGUUGUCUAUGUUCCCCAUCAGUAAAAUGGGUACCUGGGUGUUAGUCGACUGGUGUGGGUCGCAUCCUGGGACACUGACCUAAUUUGCCCGAAAUGUACCGAAAUGCGGACCAUAACAAGGGACUUUCUAUAUAGUUGUAUGUCAUUGUUGUCAGCUAGGACUGUAUACCUUGUACAUGUACUUGUAGUAAAUAGAUAUUAUUAUUAUUAUAACUAGCAUCUGUGUGUGUGUGUGUCGACUAGCACCUCCGUGUGUGUGUGUGUGUGUGCGUGCGUGCGUGUGUGUGUGUGUGUUUACUACCAUCUGUGUGUGUGUACUCGCCUAAUUGUGGUUGCAGGGGUCGAUAUUCAGCUCCUGGCCCUGCCUCUUCACCAGCGCCUCUUCACCCCGCCUCCUCACCAGCAUCAAGGAACCUUGAGGCUGGUGAGGGGCUCUUGAUCUAGAGAAUUGGAUCUGUGCUCUAGUUAAAUUAAUAAUAAUAAUUAUUAUUAUUUUUUUAUUAUAAUAACGAACGCCGGUAACUCAGUGCAGUGUUUACCUCGCUGUGGGAGCAGUUCUCUCCUGCUUUGCUUACAUUUUUAACAGUCAUUUGGCCAAAUUUAAUUUUUCUAAGCAUGGGUCCUAAGAAAGUAAGUGUAAAGGACAGUGUUGAGAAGAAAAAGAGAAUGGUUUCCAUGGAAUUAAAUCAUGAAAUCAUAGAUAAACAAGUGAGGUGUCCAGAUUUUGGGUUGAGGGGGGGAGCUGGCUUGUAACUCAAAUAUUGGCUCGUAACUCAGAGCAAAAAAUCGACCCAGGGAUGACUCCUAACUCAAAAAACUGGUACGUCGAGACACUCGUAAGUCAAGGUUCCACUGUGUGUGUGUGUAUAUAUAUAUAUAUAUAUA